AUGACCCAGACCCUCAAGCUCGCCUCCAGAGUGUUCCAUCGCCUCCGCUGUGCUCCCGAGCUGGGCACCUCACUGGGUUCCAGAGGCUCCGACUCAGCGCCCCGGAGCUUGGCGGACAUCCCAGGCCCCUCCACACCCGGCUUCCUUGCCGAACUUUUCUGCAAGGGGGGGCUGUCGCGGCUACACGAGCUGCAGGUGCAGGGAGCCGCGCGCUUCGGGCCGGUGUGGUUGGCCAGCUUCGGGACGGUGCGCACGGUGUACCUGGCGGCCCCUACGCUCAUCGAGCAGCUCCUACGACAGGAGGGUCCCCGGCCCGAGCGCUGCAGCUUCUCCUCCUGGGCUGAGCACCGUCGCUGCAGCCAGCGGGCUUGUGGACUACUCACCGCGGAAGGCGAAGAAUGGCAGAGGCUCCGCAGCCUGCUGGCCCCGCUCCUCCUCCGGCCUCAAGCGGCCGCCCGCUACGCCGGGACCCUGGACGACGUGGUCCGUGACCUCGUGAGACGACUGCGGCGCCAGCGGGGACGGGGCGCUGGGCCGCCUGCUCUGGUUCGGGACGUGGCAGGGGAGUUUUACAAGUUUGGACUAGAAGGCAUAGCCGCUGUGCUGCUGGGUUCGCGCCUGGGCUGCCUGGAGGCCGAAGUGCCCCCAGACACUGAGGCCUUCAUCCGCGCGGUGGGUUCCGUGUUUGUGUCCACGCUGCUGACCAUGGCGAUGCCCAACUGGCUGCAUCGCCUCGUGCCCGGACCCUGGGGACGCCUCUGCCGAGACUGGGACCAGAUGUUCGCAUUUGCCCAGCAGCACGUGGAGCGGCGCGAGGCCGAGGUCGCCGGGAGGAGCCCGGGAAAGCCUGAGGAGGACAUGGGAUCUGGGGCGCACCUUACCUACUUCCUGUUCCGGGAAGAGUUGUCAGCCUCGUCCAUCCUGGGGAAUGUGACGGAGCUGCUACUGGCUGGAGUGGACACGGUGUCCAACACGCUCUCUUGGGCUCUGUAUGAACUCUCUCGGCACCCCGAAGUCCAGACGGCCCUGCACUCCGAGAUCACAGCUGCCCUGGGCCCUGGCUCCAAUGGCCACCAUUCAGCCACUGCUCUGUCCCGGCUGCCCCUGCUUAAGGCCGUGGUCAAGGAAGUGCUGAGACUGUACCCCGUGGUACCUGGAAAUUCCCGUGUCCCAGACAGAGACAUUCAUGUGGGUGACUAUAUUAUCCCAAAAAAUACGCUGGUCACACUGUGUCAUUAUGCCACAUCAAGGGACCCUGCUCAGUUUCCAGAGCCAAAUUCUUUUCGUCCAGCUCGCUGGUUGGGGGAGGGUCCAGCGCCCCAUGCGUUUGCAUCUCUCCCUUUUGGCUUUGGCAAGCGCAGCUGUAUGGGGAGACGCCUGGCAGAGCUUGAGCUGCAAAUGGCUUUGGCCCAGAUCUUGAUCCACUUUGAGGUGCAGCCUGAGCCAGGUGCUACUCCAAUCAGACCCAUGACCCGGACUGUCCUGGUACCCGAGAGGAGCAUCAACCUACAGUUUGUGGACAGAUAGUCCCAUGGAAGGAGGCUGUCAUCAUCACC